GUGACAACACACACUUGAUAUAACUAAAAUGAACGAUGGUGAUUUUUUGACCUUUUCCGGGACAGAAACUAGGACAACAAGCCUUAAUCAAACGGAUUUUCACCACCGGAGUUCUGAUUAGCCUUGUCGGAGUUCGAUAACUUCACCGGAAUCUGAUUUUUUGGAGUGUGUUCGUUGAGGAUUUCUGAUUGCGUGAGGUUAGAGGCAUGCGCCUCCCGAACCUCCAAUUUUUUUCUCAAAAAUCCCUCUAAAUUUGGGGCAAAAACACUAGGAUUUCUGAUGGAUUUCAAAUCCAAAUUUGAAAUUCUUUUCCUAAGUGUUUGAAAUUCAUAGUGAGAAAAAAUAGAGAGAGAGGUCAAAUACACGAAUUAAUUCUUUGCUCAAAAUGGUGGGCAUAGACUGAGGAGGAUGAAAGCACCUGAUUUCUUGGCCAUAGAUGGCUUGCACGAAAGGAGUAAAACGGGAAUAUGAAGGGGCGGCUAGGUUUAUUUUUUGUCGAAAUAGCUGUUGCCGUUGCGUUGAUAUCGUUUGCUGUUGUUACUACCCUGUUUGUUGUUAUUACGCAAGAAAACGACAUAUAUAGUUCGUAGUAGGUUUUUCUCUCUCCCCGCUAUUCUUUCCCGCGAUUUUGCCAUUUCCCGCUAUUAACUUUCUCUUGUCACUUUCAUCUCCCCAUUCUCACUACAUCAAAAGAAAAUCCUAAAUUAAUUUUAUCAAUUGACACCAUUAUUGAAAGCUUGGGACUAUGAUUUUACAAGCAGAAGGUGAUACAAGUCCUUUCUAUGAUUCUGUACAAGAUGUCUUAAAAAUCAACGUCAAAGUAACCCACAAUGGUAUUAUGAAGCACCGACCUAAAAAACAUUAUUUUGGGGGUUGUAUUCAGUUCAUUGAUUAUGUUGAUGUUUUAGAAAUAAAGUUAUCACAAUUCAAGAUUAUGGCUGAGAUAUGUGGAUAUGGUAAUGAUUCAGUUGCAUUUUGGCACAGAUAUGGUAGACUCGAUGAAAAAAUGAGGCUUGUUUCAACCGAUUUAGAAGCUAAUUUGGUAUUCAAGAACAUCCCUGAAGAUAGAGUAAUUGAGGUUUGUUUUGAGCAUUUGGACUCUUAUAUUGGAAUGGAUAUUGGAAAAACCUUCAACAACGAAGGAAGGACUGAAUUUUCUGCAAGUGAUGAAGAUUUUGGAGAAUCGAAAAAUGAUUUCUCAUAUGAACAUGACAUAUUAGGAAGGAGUGAAAACGGGGCGCGCAUAUAUGAAGUUGGCGAAGAAGUGCGAAAAAAUAUGGCUCGUGAAGAAGGAGAUUCUGAUUGUGUUAACUCUGAAGCUUUCAAGAGCCUGGAAAGCGAUUCUAAUUCAGAAAACAUGAACUUCCUGAGUUCAAUCCAAAGACAGAUGGACUAUAUCCAACUUUGGCACUUGAAUUGGUAUUUAAAAUAAAAAAUGAGUUCAAGAAUGCUGUGACAACUCAUGCAGUCAAUCAGGGAAGAUAUAUAUUAUGGCGUAAGAAUGAUAAGUAAGAAUGAUAAGGAAAGAAUGCGAGCAGUUUGUGCGAAACAUCCAGAUUGUGAUUGGGAGAUUAUGGCUUCUAAAAUGUACAGAGACAGUGCUUUUCAAGUAAAGACGUAUAACCCCACCCAUAAGUGCAAAAAUUGGAAACAUAUUAACAAAGCCAUCACAUCUUCGUUCAUUGCUAGAAGAUUCCUUGAUGUCAUUAAAUCAAAUAGGGAUUGGAAGAUCUCUGAAUUUAGAGAUCAUGUUAAUAUCCAGUUGAGAGCACAUGUGACAUUAUCUAAAUGUAGAAGGGCAAAGAAGAAGGCAAUUGCUAUGAUUGAUGGGGAUAUCUCUGAUCAAUUCAAGUUAUUGUGGAACUAUUGCAAUGAAAUAGUGAGGACAAAUCCAAAUACUUCUAUUUAUAUGAAGAUGGUUGAUAAUGAGGAUCAUGACAAGCCGAAAAGGUUUCAAAGAUUUUAUAUUUGCUUUAGUACUUGCAAGGAAGGGUUCAAAAGUGGUUGCAGAAGGAUAGUAGGAGUGGAUGGUUGUUGGCUUAAGGGUCUAAUGUAUGGGACUCAAUUGUUGAUUGCCAUUGGGCUCGAUCCUAAUAAUAACAUCUAUCCGAUAGCAUAUGAUGAUGUGGAGAAAGAAAAUCUUGACUCAUGGGCAUGGUUUCUGGAUCAUCUGAAGUUUGACUUGGAGAUCGAUGAAGGAGUCCACUGGACAUUCAUGUCAGAUAAGCAAAAAGGUUUGAUAGAAGCUUUUAAUAAUGUAUUGCCAUUUGUUGAUCAUAGAUUUUGUGUGAGGCACUUACAUAGUAACUUUAAAAGGGAUGGAUUUGGUGGUAAUACACCGAGGGAUGCUCUUUGGAAAGCCGCUGGUGCAACAACAACAAAGUGAUUUAAUGAACGCAUGAUUGAAAUAUUUAAAUUGGAUCCCGAAGCUGCUAUUUGGUUGAGAGGUAAGUCACCUAGUGAAUGGUCUAGAUCUCACUUUUCUGAAAACGUUAAGUUUGAUACCUUACUAAAUAACAUGUGUGAAUGUUUUAAUAGCAUGAUAGUGGAUGCGAGGGAUAAACCUAUUAUCACUCUUUUAAAGAAAAUUUGAUAUAUGCUCAUGACAAGAAUGCAAGUAAAUAGGGAUAAAUCUGCUAAGUGGAAUUCUAAUGAUAUUUGUCCCAGAAUUAAGGAGAUACUGCACAAAAGAGAAGCUGCCGUUGCUGAAUACAUUCCUAGAAAGUUAAAUGAGUGAAAUUAUGAGCUUAUCGGAGCUAGCAUAGCUGAUAUUUGGGCUGUAGAUUUGCUAAACAAAAAUUGCAGUUGCAGAAAAUGAUAUUUGAUGGGAAUACCUUGUAAGCAUGCCAUAGCAGCUAUUUGGGCUAAAAAUGAUGAAGUCAAUUCUUACGUUGAUGAUUAUUAUAAGGUGAAAAUCUAUAGAAAAGUCUACAAACUCGCUAUUCUUCCUAUGAAUGGUCAGAACAUGUGGCCGCAACAUGAUUAUACUCCUCAUUUGCCUCCACGAAUAGUAAGACAAAGUACUAAAGGAAAAAAGCAAAAGAACAGAUAAAAGGAACCAGAUGAAGUUGGUGCGAGUAUGACAAAAAUGAAGAUCUUGCCACAAGCUUGGGCAUAACAUGAGAACUUGCAAGUAUAACUUGUCGCAGACAGAUUAUGAAAGUGUGACUCCGCAAUAUCAAGAAUCAUCUUCAUCAUGUGCUCCUACAAAGUUACCGGUUAGAAUAUCUUCAGAGAGUCAAUGUAAUGUAAACUUAAUAGAGUGAAGUGCUCUCGUGGUUGGUGCAGUUUAUUGACGUUUUUGGUGUAGUUUUUUCUGAAGUUUGGUGCUAAUUUUUUGGUGGUGUGAUGCUGCUGUCUAGUGCUACAAUUGGUGCAGCUUGUUGACGUUUUUUGUGCAGUCUAUUGUAUCAUUUGACUCAGUUUUUUGUGUAAUUUUUCUUCUAAAGCAUGGUGCCGAAAUACGUCUUGUGUUUUUGUGUUUCUAAUGUAUGAACUUAGUUGAUAGCUGGCUUCUAUGUAUCAGAGUUUUAUGUGAAGAUGAAGAAAACUGAGCAAGCCGUAGGGUGUACAGGGGAUGUUCUCGUUCUCCAACAUGUAAAGAUUGCACCACCUGUGUUUGUUUUGGAAGGAAUGCAAAAGCCUGAAUUAUUCUAUAUUUUGUUUCCAA